UUUCAGGUGGCUAAGAAAAAUAUGGACUCAUCUCCCAAGAAUGCGGCAGCAACUCCAUCGGCAUCCGCUGGUGAUGCAACACAGCGGUCUCAGUUAAAGGAACUGGACCAGUGGAUCGAGCAGCUCUACAACUGUGAGCAACUUUCUGAGAAUCAAGUGAAAAUUUUAUGUGAUAAGGCGAAAGAAAUAUUGCAAACAGAAUCAAAUGUCCAGGAGGUGAAGUGUCCGGUGACUGUUUGUGGGGACGUUCAUGGACAAUUUCAUGAUUUGUUGGAACUCUUCAAAAUGGGUGGCAAAGCUCCAGAUACUAAUUACCUUUUUAUGGGAGAUUAUGUCGACAGAGGGUACCAUUCCGUCGAAACAGUCACAUUGCUAGUUUGUUUGAAGGUGCGUUAUAAAGAACGUGUUACUAUUCUACGAGGCAACCAUGAGUCACGGCAGAUUACUCAGGUCUAUGGUUUCUACGAUGAAUGCUUACGUAAGUAUGGCAAUUCUAAUGUGUGGAAAUAUUUUACGGAUCUGUUUGAUUAUCUUCCUCUGACAGCAUUGGUUGAUGGGCAGAUAUUUUGCUUACAUGGUGGUCUUUCGCCGUCCAUCGAUAGUCUCGAUCAUAUUCGUUCGCUUGAUAGGCUUCAGGAAGUACCACAUGAAGGGCCGAUGUGUGAUUUGCUGUGGUCAGAUCCUGAUGAUCGUGGAGGUUGGGGUAUUUCACCACGAGGAGCUGGUUAUACAUUUGGACAAGAUAUAUCAGAAACUUUCAAUCAUGGUAAUGGUCUCACACUAAUUUCCAGAGCUCAUCAGCUUGUCAUGGAGGGUUAUAACUGGAGUCACGACCGUAAUGUUGUAACAGUUUUUUCUGCACCGAAUUACUGUUAUCGUUGUGCAAAUCAGGCGGCCAUGGUUGAAUUGGAUGAUGAACUGCGAUACUCAUUCUUGCAAUUUGAUCCGGCUCCAAGAAAAACAGAAACAAAUGUCGUCCGACAAACUCCUGACUACUUCCUCUAACUAAUUAGAGAUUUUUUUGCAGUAUGAGCUUUUUGGCUGUAUCUAUUCUCUUUCUGAGGUAAGAAAUAUUUCACGAAGCAAAGAUUUUUGAAGGAUAUGUAUGUUUCUGUUCGAUUGUGGCAGGAAAGUCUUCCGGUCCCUUCCAUUUCUUCCUAUCCUUUUACUUGGAUUUGAGAAAAUUUGAGGUGGUACGGUUAAUUUGCGACUGCUCAACCUUCAAACUUAUUAUAAAUGCAGUUAGAUUAUGAAUGCAAUAUUAAGCAUUUGGUCUUUGAAAUCGCAGUCCUAAGUUUUCAGCCACUUCUCAUCGGGAUGUUCCCGUAAUGGAAGUCGUUUGUUGCGGUUCUCUUACACGAACUUAAUUAAACUGUCUUUCUUAUUUCAAGCAGUAAUCUGUGUACUUUGGGUGCAUUUUGUAUUCGAUGAAAUAAAUCAAAGCAUCAUAUGUGCUGCAAUUCUUUCCUCAGAUAAAUUUUAACUAUGAAUCCUUCUGGUCACUGGGCAAACAAAUUCCAACCAGUCAGCAAACAAAAGAGCA